GGACCCACGUUGGGCUUUGUGUUUUGGGUUCUGAUGAUAAAUAUUUUAUGAUAUCAUCUUUUUCUGUGGUUGGUUGGACUCACCGCUUUCCGUUAAUACUGCGUGCGUUUGAGCGGGUUCUUCUUCUUCCAUCUUGACCCUCUCCUUUUCCUUUUUUUUUUAAUUAUCAAAAUAUUUAAUUAAUUAAUAAAAUAAUAAUAAUAAUAAUAAUAAUAAUAAUAAUUAAAAGGUUAUUUUCUUGUUAAAAUUUAGAUCCAACUUCCUGGUUUAAUGAGGAUUCUCUAACCCCCACCUCACCUGGGUUACAAUUUGCUUAUUUAUUUGUUUAUUUAUUUUCAUUUUUUUAAAAAACUAAAUAAAAUAAAUAUUUGGAUAUUCUGAAUAAAUACCCCGAAUAUAUAUAUAUAUAUAUAUAAAUUAAAAAAAUUGUCUUAACGGAAGAGUAAAGGGUUUUCAUUCAAAGUUACACCUUCACGUCUUUCUCGCUGGAAAUUAAAAGCCGUUCUUGAGGGAAAAGAAUCAGUUUGUGGGGCAAGCUUGCUUGGUGCUUUUGUUAAUUUGGUUUUGUAAAUUAGGUUUUCCAUCAUUUUUUCAGCUAAUGGAACAGUUUAAAUCGCAUGCAGAAUCUCUUCCAAAAGAAGAUCAUAUGUCUGAGCAAAAUAAAAAAAAUGGCUGUGAUCUCGAGUGCUCUGGAAGUGCUUUAACUCGGAAGAUAUCUGCUAGAUGGGUUCCUGAUGAAGCAUGUAGGCCUGCUAUUGAAGAGGCACCUGUAUUUUAUCCAACUGUUGAGGAGUUUGAAGAUACACUCGGUUACAUGGCAAAGAUACAGACAAAAGCACAACCUUAUGGUAUAUGUCGGAUUGUCCCUCCACCUUCCUGGAUUCCACCCUGCCCUCUUAAGGAGAAAAGCGUUUGGGAGAAUGCUAAAUUUUCCACACGAGUUCAGCAAGUUGACUUGCUUCAGAACAGGGAACCCAUGAGGAAGAAAAACAGAAGCAGGAAGCGAAAAAGAAGGAAGCACUCAAGAAUGGGAACAACUAGGAGACGAACCAGUUGUGGUUCAGAAGCUAACAUUGCUUCGGAGAGUGAUGAGAAAUUUGGGUUCCAAUCUGGAUCAGAUUUUACUUUAGGAGAUUUUCAGAGAUAUGCUGAUCAUUUCAAGCAGCGUUACUUUGGAAUGAAGGAUACUAAUGAAUGUUUAGACCCUAGUGGAGUUGGACAUGAUGAAAGAUGGGAGCCCUCUGUCAAAGAUAUUGAAGGUGAAUAUUGGCGGAUAGUUGAGCAACCUACAGAUGAGGUUGAGGUUUACUAUGGAGCUGACUUGGAAACAGGAGGAUUUGGAAGUGGGUUUCCUAAGGCAUCAUCCAUGGUAACUGAAAGUGAUUCGGAUCCAUAUGUGAUGUCAGGUUGGAAUCUAAAUAACUUCCCCCGCCUGCCAGGUUCUGUACUAUGUUUUGAAGGAAGCGAUAUCUCUGGAGUUCUAGUUCCAUGGCUUUAUGUUGGAAUGUGCUUUUCGUCAUUUUGUUGGCAUGUUGAGGACCACCACCUCUAUUCAUUAAAUUAUCUACACUGGGGUGAACCAAAAGUAUGGUAUGGAGUACCCGGAAGUCAUGCUUCUGCUUUGGAAGCUGCAAUGAGGAAACAUUUACCUGAUUUGUUUGAGGAGCAACCAGAUUUACUUAACGAGCUGGUCACUCAGCUGUCUCCUUCAGUUCUAAAAUCUGAGGGAGUACCUGUAUAUCGAGCUGUCCAACAUGCUGGAGAAUUUGUUCUUACCUUUCCCAGGGCAUACCAUGCUGGAUUUAAUUGCGGCUUCAACUGUGCUGAGGCAGUGAAUGUGGCCCCUGUUGAUUGGUUGGUGCAUGGACAGAAUGCAGUUGAGCUCUAUAGCAGGCAGUGUCGCAAGACAUCAAUUUCCCAUGACAAAUUGUUAUUUGGUUCAGUGCGGGAAGCUGUUCGAGCUCUUUGGGAGUUAUCAGUUCUUGGAAAUAAAGCCCUUCAGAAUUUGAGAUGGCAAAAUGUUUGUGGGAAAGAUGGGGUGCUUACCAAGGCAAUUAGGGCAAGAGUACAAAUGGAGGAAGAAAGAAUCGAUCAUCUUCCGGCUUCUUUGAAGUUGCAGAAGAUGGAAAGAGAUUUUGAUUUGAAAGAUGAGAGAGAAUGUUUUUCUUGCUUCUAUGAUUUGCACUUAUCUGCCUGCAGUUGCAAGUGUUCCCCUGACCGGUUUUCAUGUCUCAAACAUGAAAACAAACUUUGUUCAUGUGAAAUAGAUAACAGAUUUGUCCUUCUUCGCUAUACCAAAAGUGAAUUAAAUAUUCUGGUUGAAGCAUUAGAAGGAGGUUUAGAAGCUCUAAAAUUAUGGGCAUCAAUGGAACCUGAAAUAGUUUCAAUUGAUAAAACAGUUGUUACUGCACAUAAGCCAGAUGUGGAAAGUGGAAUUCAUGGAAUUGACCCACAAGAUGAAAGGGAAACUUCAUUUUGUUGUCCAGGAACAGAAGAUAAGUUGAACACAAAUGACUCUUGCAGUUCGCAUAGUCAUGUUUCUUCCGAAGUAGUUCAGUCAGGGUCUGAACCGGGAACUAUUGGCAUGUCUCACCUUACUGUUGAUGGUCAUAGUGAAAAUGAUGAAACAAUGGUUAUGAACGAUAGUGGUAAGGUGAGGCAGGAGUGCAGUAUUGACUUGAAUCUUGACUGUGCAUCUGAUGAACAUGAAAGUAGGUUGCUGCAUAAUUAUGAUGAUUAUGAGAAGAAGGCAAUCACAAAUUCGGAUGUAGGAAGAGAACCAGAUACAUUGAAACUUGUUAGUCACUGUUGUGUUUCUUCUCCAAAACUUCUGGAUAGAGAUUACCAACUCUCUUCUAGGGACAUGGAGUGUGACUCUACAUUUGAUGAUAAUAAGUUGUUUGGGGCUGAUCUUCUUACUCCAGAUUCUUAUUCAAAUGUGCCAGCGAGCAGCUUGAAGGAAACAGAAAUUGUGAACACCUCAGAUAUAAAGAUAUUUAUGACUCAUCAAAGCUCUCCAUCACAGAAGUUUGGUUCGUCUGUUGAGCCUAUAAAUAUUGGAUCCAUUGUCUUUGGGAAACUAUGGUGCAACAAGCAGGCUAUAUUUCCAAAAGGAUUUAAAAGUCGUGUAAGUUUCUUCAGUGUGCUUGAUCCCACAAAAAUAUGUAGCUACAUCUCUGAAGUUCUUGAUGCUGGGCUCCUUGGGCCUCUGUUUAAGGUUACUUUGGAAGAUUGUCCAGAUGACUCUUUUACAAGCGUUUCAGCAGAGAGCUGUUGGAAAAUGGUAAUAGAGAGACUGAACCAAGAAAUAAAGAGACUAAGUUCACUAGGCAAACAAGGAUUACCCUAUUUGCAGCCUCUAAAUAGCAUUGAUGGGCUUGAAAUGUUCGGGUUACUCUCCCAACCCGUUAUUCAGGCUAUCGAGGCGCUUGAUCCAAAUCAUCAAUGCAUAGAGUACUGGAUUCACAGGCAAACACAGCCCUCUACUUCGAAAAAUGAUUCUGAUGUGAAGAAGCAUUCACUCGGACCAAUUAGCUCCCUAGGCGAAAUGAAGCCAAAGGUUUCUAGUAGAGAGCAGGACGAGAAUAACCCAUCUAUAGGUGGAGGUAACCAUUCAACCAACAAAGAAGUGCAGGAGGUUGUACGAGGACUAUUGAAGAAGGCGAGUCCCAUAGAGUUAGAGACAUUGCAUAGGAUAUUCUGCAGUCAAUCACAAACUGCUGAAUGGAGAGCCGCAUUCACAACGUUCAUUGCAGAGAUGCGGAAAAAUGUAGAUAAUUAAGGAAGAGGAGUAGUAGGUCCCCAUCAUUCAUUCUCAUUGAAAAGGUUAACUUUGUUAGUUGAUUAGUGAUUUUGAUAUAGGCCAAUUCUUUCAAAGGAGAAAUUCAUAAAGAAGGUUAUGUGUCUGUGUGUUGCGGCCAAAUGUUUCUGCGAAGUGGUCCACCAUUUGAUUGACAUAGAAAGAAGUACUGAGUAGGUAAGGGUCUAAGAUUUUCCAGUGGGGGCAUUUGCAUUUGCCUUCAACUCACACCCAAAGAGAGAUGAGGCGGUUUUGUAAAUUACAGAAGUUUAAAAAAAAAUAAAAAAAUUAUGCUAACCUGUCUUUAUUAAAUUGAACUCCCAUUUCAAUUUUGUAAUCUUGUAUCGGAAAGUAAUCAUUUUUUUUUUUUUCUUUUGCUUCUAUUUAGGAUUCUGUCUUUGUUCCUUAAAA